UGUACCUAUUCUGUGGUUAGGAGUUAGGAACUGUUCUUGGUAUUUCGUUAUUCGUUUUAUGGAUUUAGGUUAUCUGAAGUGAAGAUUUUAAAUUAUAUCAAAUAAUAUCAACAAAUGCGUACUAUUCAAUAAUCUCUUAGUGAAUCGGCUGUUAUUAUUGAGGUUUAAUGAAUUAUGCUAUUAUUUUAUUUUCAUCAUGAUAGAAUAUAUGAGCUGUAUGUAUACAACUUUAAAACGAUGGAUGAAACGAGAAGAUGUCACUCCCAAACGUAAAAGGUUAUUGGACAAUAAUGACAAUUUUGAUCAUGCUAAAAGAUUGAAGCUUUCUCUACAUCAACCUUCCAAUGUAAUGGAUCCAUCUGAGAUAGAUGCGAUUGACGUCAAUCCUUUCAGUAGCAGAGGGCACAUGAUGUUAUCCCUAGCCAGAAAGAAAGACGCUAAACAGGGUGAAUCCAAGUCUGCUUCGUGGAAAUCUACGAUGAAAGAAAACUGUCUAGAAAUUUCCAGUGAUGAAGAUGACGAUGUAAUUGUAGUCUCUGAAAAGAGAAAUCGUCCACCUCUGAUGCCUUCCACCCAGUACGUCGAAGGCAAUCAGUCACAGAGUAAAUCAGAAGAAGCCGACAUUGUACAGAACAACAUAUCUACUAGACCAAUAAAUAAUUUACCAUUGCACUGUUCAACACCUGCUGCGUGCAGCCAGAAGCCGAUCAGUCGCUUUUGCCCGUCAACGAGUCGGAGAGUGUUGAGCAGCAACACGAGCAGCUCCAUAAGCAAAAUGCGCCAAUCCUCCGCUAGUCGAAUAGGCAGAACCAGUUCCGGAACUUUCAAUUUACUCUCAAAAACUCGAACUAUAACCGCCGAAAUAAAUAUGUUGGAUAAAGAAAAGUACAGAGCCUUGCUGAAUUCCAUCAUCCCUACUCAUACCAGGCCAAGCUUUCCUAAGCCAUUCCUCAACCUGUAAGUAUGGAGAAAGAAUCUCUCAGAAUUUUACUCAGGCAAAUUGUUUAUCAACAAUUAACAUUACUGUAUCGACUAAAUAAAUGUAAGCAUUAAUCAAUAUUUUCAAGGACUGAGGCUGAGUACUGAGGAGUUACAUUCCAGCUA